CCGUUUAUUCAAAAGUAAUACGUAGCUGCGUAUUGAGCGUAACUUCAGGGUGAGGGAUACCUUGCAGGGAUCUCUCCGAGUAGUCUUAGCAAAGGAAUUGGUGUAACACGUUUGGGAACAGGAAUUCAUACCGAAGGGAAACUGUUCCUGUAUCCAGCAUUUACCAUGGUCUGCUGCUGUAUUUGUUUGACAGUCCUAGGAACUCUCUGUGGAUUUUUAUUAUUUGCAGCAUAUAAACUUGGUUUAGUAUAUCAGCUAUUCCACAAGGUACAGCCAAAAAGUCCAUGCCACGGUGGUGAACUUGUUGCAGAAGUUCUGAAAUCGCAUGGGGUGAAGUUUGUCUUCACCCUGGUUGGAGGACAUAUUUCUCCAAUCCUUGUAGCAUGUGAAAAAGUUGGAAUCCAAGUGGUGGACACAAGACAUGAGGCUACUACUGUCUUUGCUGCGGAUGCUGUAGCACGGCUUUCAGGUACUGUUGGUGUAGCUGCAGUAACGGCAGGCCCAGGUUUAACCAAUACUGUCACAGCAGUUAAAAAUGCACAAAUGGCAGAGUCUCCUGUUCUCCUGAUUGGAGGAGCUGCAGCCACCUUGCUUCAGGGCCGUGGAGCUCUCCAGGAUAUCGACCAGCUGUCACUUUUUAAAUCAUUGUGCAAAUUCUGUGCCUCCAUAAGGACUGUGCGUGAAAUUGUUCCAACUCUCCGUAAAGCUCUUGCAUUGGCUCAGUCUGGCACUCCAGGUCCUGUUUUUGUAGAGUUCCCUAUAAAUGUGCUCUACCCAUAUCAUAUUGUGGAAAGAGAAAUGGCACCAAGGGGAACACCCAAAGGAAUCAUGGGGAAGGCGAUCAGCUGGUAUCUUCAGAAUCACCUCAACAACCUUUUUGCUGGAGCCUGGGAGAAGAGAGACAUGUCGCCCCUUCCUGUCCACAUCCCACAAGCUACAGCAGAGCAAGUGCAGCGGUGUGUGGAAUUGGUCAGCAGGGCUAAGAAACCAGUGAUCCUCCUUGGCAGUCAGGCUACCCUACCCCCAAUUCCAGUUGACAAAUUACGGGCAGCACUAGAAUCUCUUGGUAUCCCUUGUUUCCUAGGAGGGAUGGCACGUGGAAUGUUAGGAAGAGAAUCACCAAUCCACAUUCGCCAGAACCGCAGAGAUGCAUUAAAGGAGGCAGACCUGGUUGUCCUAGCAGGUACAGUGUGUGACUUUCGCCUCUCAUAUGGCCGUGUUCUUAGUCGUCGCAGCAAGAUGAUUGCUGUCAAUCGGGAUCGGUCACAAUUGUUGAAGAACUCUGACAUGUUCUGGAAACCAACUGUUGCUAUUCAAGGUGAUGCUGGCUCUUUCUUAGUUCAGCUUUCUGAGGGAUUGAAAGGUUACCAGUGUCCUCAGGACUGGCCACAGAGCUUAAAGGAAGGAGACCUCAAGAAGGAGAACUCCAACAGGGAGAAAUCAGGAGAGAAAACAGAGCUGCAUUUGAACCCACUAAAGGUACUGCACCAUGUUGAGGAGCUGGCUGCAGAGGACAGUAUAUUUGUGGCUGAUGGUGGGGAUUUUGUUGGCAGUGCUGCUUAUAUCCUUAAACCCCGAGGCCCACUUAAGUGGCUUGAUCCAGGUGCAUUUGGGACACUGGGUGUCGGUGGUGGAUUUGCACUUGGAGCCAAACUCUGUAGGCCAGAGUCAGAGGUUUGGAUCAUAUACGGAGACGGUUCUCUUGGUUUUAGUGUUGCAGAGUUUGACACUUUCACUCGUCAUAAGACCCCAGUGAUUGCAUUAGUGGGUAAUGAUGCUUGCUGGAGUCAGAUCUCACGUGAACAGGUCCCAUUACUGGGAAGUAGCGUAGGGUGUGAACUGGCUUUCACUGAUUACCACGUUGUAGGAGAGGGAUUUGGAGGAAAGGGCUUACUGCUUACCCGACAGCAGGAUGGUAAUCUGGAUGAAACUAUAAUCGAAGCACAGGAAAUGUGUCAAAACGGCAGUGCUGUGCUGUUGAAUGUUCUGAUUGGGAAAACAAGCUUCCGAGAAGGUUCCAUCUCUGUGUAAAUCCUGGAUAUGAGGACUGUGUUAAUUCUGACAUUGCCAUGGCUGACACAAGCAGGAGUCUGUCUAAAUGAAAAAAAGUACAGCAGGACUGACAUAUGUUGAUAACUGUAUCAUGCCUGCCAAGAAGUAUCAUGUUUCCUCUCCUUUUUCGCAAAAUGCAACAUAUUCAGCAGGAUGAAGUCAUGUUAGUUGAGACACACUACUAAACCAAUGGAACAAAGCUACUGCAAAUGGUUAUGAUGUGGCUAUGUAGAAUUAAUUCAUCCUUUCUUUUUUUAGUGCAGUCUCUGUUAGUUUAAUGGAGAAAUGGACAGACUUUAUUGCCUUGGGGCACCAGACUCUACUGAGGUUUACUUACAAGUUGUCUAUGAAGGUCACCCUAAUCAAACCAAUUCCAGCAACAAUUUGAAUCCCGGGCGGAUUUUAUCAACAUGUCCUGCAUUCUUGAGGCUUGAGUAGAUUGCGUCUGUGACAUCCAUAGUUUGUGUACAGUGCAAAGUCCCUUCUCAAGAUGUGGAGUUAUUAUGUUUCCCCAUGGGGAAAUGGGAUGCCAUCCAUUACAAUGGCCUAAGUUACCAGAGUUGUCUAUGCAGUGAUGUGAUACAUCAUUAGAGGCCAGUGUGGGGUGACAUACAGAAAGGAGUUCUUUGGAAAUGGCAGAAAUGUAAUUUUGCAUUUUUCACAUGGGUUUCCGAAGUUUCAUUUCACUGGAGAUCUGAAGGAUUGCAGAACUGCUCUGUUAAAAAAAUGCUCAGAAAAUUAAAACCCUUACUGUAGGGGAUGACAGUCAUCAUAAAAACUAUAAAGCCUCUCAAUCAACUUAAUUUUCCUUUGAAUAAAUUAUAAAAAAUCUUUACAUUAAGGAGUUACAGCACACAUCAUAAUGGUUGCAAGUAAUACAUUAAAGUCUGAUGUAUGUAUUUUAUGAAA